UAAGGGGGAUUUAUUCUGCCUAUUCUAGUGAUGAACUAUCACCCUCUCUAAACUGUACUACUGACCCGAAGUGAGGAUACUUAUGGUUUUUGUACAUGACACUUAAUGUGAUUUUUAAUCUGCUAGCUCAGAUCUUUCUGGGAGUCUCAUGCAUUAUAAUGUUACCACAUAACUACUUAAUCCAAAAGUUCUAAAUUCCCAAACACUUCUGUUUCAAGGAAUAUAGAUUGUGUUUCACUGAAUAAUGAUACCAAGUUAUUUACUCUUCUUUUUUAAAAAUAUAUUUUUUAGUUGUAGAUGGAUACAAUACCUUUAUUUUAUUUUAUUUUUUUAUAUGAUGCUGAGGGUUGAACCAGUGCCUCAUACAUGAGAGCCAAGUGCUCUGCCACUGAGCCACAAUCCCAGCCCCUCACUCUUCUUCCAUAUAUAUUUUUAGGUGCAUAUUUAGGUUAUCUCCAUUAUUCUUCAGUUACUAAUACUCUUGUGAUGAGCCACAUUAAAAAUACUUAAUUUUUCACGUAUACAAUUGUGUAGAUAGGAUAUAUUGGGAAGUAAAACUAUAGGGCAAAAGGAGUAUGCAUUUUUAAUUUUGAUAAAUACGACCAAAUUGCCCUAUUCAGGGGCAAGUAUGACAUCAAUUUAUCUUCCCUCCCUUCAUGUAUAAGGAUUCUACUUUUACACAGUCCUGUGUUCAGUACAUAAUCAAACAUCUAAAUCUUUGACAAUUUGAUUGAUUCAGAAUAGUUUUGUUUUAAUUAGUAGACUUUUUAAAAAUUACUUUAGGUUUCCAGAAAUAUUGAAUAGAAAGCCAGGAGUGGUGGUGCAUCCUGGAAUCCCUGCAGCACGGGAGGCUGAGAUGGGAGGAUUACAUGUUCAAAGCCAGCCUCUGCCUCGGGACUUUGGACCAAGACCCACAUCUCCUGGGAAUACAUAUUCAUUGUGGACCAUGGAUGGAGACAUGGACUUUAGACAUGAAAUUUAAUCUGCCUUUAAAUGUUCUUGAAUACACCAUGCUGUCAACCUUGCCCCUACCCAGCAUGUCCUGGAUGCUGCUGCCCUGCCUCAUGCUCCUGUCUCAGGUGCAAGGUGAAGACAUUGAGAAGGAACAGCCCUCUCCACGCAUCAGCUGGCCCAAAGGCUCCAAGGCCUAGGCCUCCCACUGUCAUGCCUUGUUUACUACACCAAAAUCCUGGAUAGAUGCUGCUGGCCAAGAACCCAAUGGUGCUGGUUGGGAGUGGAGCAGCACUGAUGUGCUGAAUUACGCAAACUGGGAGAGGAAUCCGUCCACUGCUUCAGACCGUGGUUAUUGUGGGAGUGUGUCAUGAAACUCAGCAUUUCUGAAGUGGAGAGAUUACAGCUGCGAUAGAGAGUUACCUUAUGUCUGCAAAUUCAAGUACUAGGACACGUGGGAAACCAACAGGCAGAAAUCGUGCAUACUUCCAUCAUGAACACGAGUCCAAGGUGAAGACCCACCCAAGGAACAUUCUCUGAACACCCCCAUACCUGAUCACCUUAUCCUGAGCUUCCCUCUUCUGUCGUCUUCCCACCCCCAUUUCAAGCUCUUCUUCUUCUUCUUCUUUUU